UAAAUGAUAAAAUUGGGAACAAGAACAAUUAAUAUUUUAAUGCAACAAAUAAAAGUUCCAUUUGCUCAUUACAAAGUGCCAACAUAAAAAGAAGAUUCUUAUGUAACAGGGUUAAAAUUAGCUAAUUCUUUGAAAGGUUCAGAAUUAGUUCCAUUUAUACCUAUAAAUGGUAGAUAAGUGAAGUAAUAAAUUGAAUAUAAGUAAAGUUUCUAUUAUUGUGGCCCAACAGUGUAUAGUAAUUCUCAUUUAGGUCAUGCAAGGUAUAUAUUAAUUGAAAUAUUGCAAGAACCUAUUUAGGAAUAGAUGUAAUAAGAAGAACUUUGAGAGAUUAUUUUAACUAUGAUUUAUUAAGUGUUAUGAACAUUACAGAUAUAGAUGACAAGAUUAUAGUAGGGGCAAAUGCAGCCAAAUAAGAUUUUCUUGAAUUUACAAAAGUAUGGGAGAAAGACUUUUUUGAUGCAAUGUAAGCUCUGAAUAUAGAAUUACCUGAUGUAAUAACAAGAGUUAGUGAUUAUGUACCAGAGAUAGUUACCUUCAUAUAAAAAAUAAUUUCAAAUGGUUAUGCUUAUGAAAGUAAUGGUAGUGUUUAUUUUGAUGUUCAAAAAUAUAUAUCUGAUGGAGUAUAAAUUUGUAUUAUUUAAUAUUUAAGCACACUUAUCCAAAGAUGAGACCAGAAGUUAAUGCAGAAUUGCUUUAAGAAGGAGAGGGAGAAUCAUAAAUAAAUAAACAAUCAGAGAAGAAAAGCCCAUAUGAUUUUGCAUUGUGGAAAGCAAGUAAACCUGAAGAACCAAAAUGGUUAAGUCCUUGGGGAUAAGGAAGACCUGGUUGGCAUAUAGAAUGUUCAGUUAUGGCUAGUGCUAUAUUAGGAAAUCCUAUUGAUUUACAUGCAGGUGGUAUUGAUUUAUUAUUUCCACAUCAUGAUAAUUCUUUAGCAUAAGCUGAAGCUUGUUUUAAUUGUGAAUAAUGGAUCAAUUAUUUCAUUCAUCUUGGACAUUUAAACAUUGCUGACAGAAAAAUGUCUAAAUCUCUUAAAAACUUUAUGACUAUUGAAGAAGUUCUUAAAAGAUAUACUCCAAGAUAAGUUCGUUUAAACUUUGCUAUUCAUCAAUAUGAUGCUCCUUAGAAUUAUUCAGAAGAAUAAAUGGAAUAAGCUAUUGCUAAAGAUAAAUCAUAUUAAGAAUUCUUCUAAAAUACUAAAAUUUAUUUAAGAGAAUCAAAAGUAACUGAUCCUUAAAAAUGGACUCAAUUUGACUUUUAGCUUAGUACUUUGUUAAGAUCAACUAAAUAAAUUAUACAUUAGGCUUUAAUUAAUAAUUUUGAUUUUCCAACUGUUGUUGAUGCUACUGAUAAAUUAAUAAAUUAAAUAAAUAUUUAAAUUUCAAACAAAAAUAUCAGAGCUCCACUUCUAAAUAGUGCUGUUAAUUAUGUUAAUUUUAUUUUUGGAGUAUCUAUUUUUAUUAUAAAUUUAGUUAUUAGGUAUUAAUUACUUAACUCCUUUUUCAAAUUAAAGUGAUAUACAUCAAUUAAUGGGAGAAGUCUGUAAUCUUAGAGAUAAAGUGAAAGUAGCAGCAAAAAAUAAUGAUUUUGAAACUAUACUAAAUCUUGUUACUUUAAAGCAAUUUUAAUAUGAAAAGAAUAUUUCAAACCUUAUUGUAGAUGCAAUCAAUCAAUUUUAAUCUGAAGUAUUAUUGGCUUCUUAAAAUAAAAAUAAGUAAUAAGUAUUUUAGAUAUGUGAUAAACUAAGAGAUUAAUCAUUAUUUGAUUUAGGAAUCAAAAUUGAAGAUAAAGAUAAAGAUUAAGUAUUUAUAUCUAUAUUAAUUAAGCCUUCUGUUUGGAAAUAAUAUGAUAUUUUAGAUCUAAAAUUGGAAAAAGAAUAAUAAUUAAAUCUUCUUUAAUAAAAAGAAUUAUUAAAAAAAAAAGAAGAAAUAGAAAAGCUAGAAAAAGCAAAAUUAAGUCCUAAAGAAUUUUUUUCUUAGUAAAUUGAUAAAUAUUCAGAAUUUGAUGAAACUGGUCUCCCAAUUAAAGAUAAAGAUGGAAAUGAAUUAUCUAAAAAAUAAAAAAAGGUUGUUUAAGAGUUAUGGGAGAAAUAGAAUAAAUUGUAUAAUUCAUUUUUACAAUAAUAACAAUAAUGAAAUUAUAUAAAAG